CUGCUCACGCCAGCAUGGUGCUCGCCCUCAACGGCAGCCACCUCUACGGUAACCUGCGGCCCCUGGCGCUGGAGGCGCGGGCGCUGGGCGGCGGCAGGAUGAUCGCCGGCUCCUGGCCCCCGCGCAGCCUGGCCAAGCUCGGCCCGUCGCCCCCCCCGUCGGCGCUGCCCACGGCGAGCCCCCUCCCCGCCAACGACUCCCAGUGCGGGGAGCAGAUCCUCAGCUACGGCAGCGCGGAGAAAGUUCUCAUCGGGGCCGUGCUCUGCCUCAUCACCCUGCUGACCAUCGCCGGCAACUGCCUGGUGGUCAUCUCCGUCUGCUUCGUGAAGAAGCUGCGGCAGCCCUCCAACUAUCUCAUCGUCUCGCUGGCCCUGGCCGAUCUCUCGGUGGCCCUGGCCGUCAUGCCCUUCGUCAGCGUCACCGACCUUAUCGGCGGGGAGUGGAUCUUCGGGCGCCUCUUCUGCAACGUCUUCAUCGCCAUGGAUGUCAUGUGCUGCACGGCCUCCAUCAUGACCCUCUGUGUGAUAAGUAUCGACAGGUACCUGGGAAUUACAAGACCCCUUACAUACCCUGUAAGGCAGAAUGGGAGGUGUAUGGCCAAAAUGAUCCUGUGUGUCUGGCUUUUGUCUGCCUCUAUCACCAUACCCCCGCUCUUCGGCUGGGCCCAGAACGUCAACGAUGAAAAGGUUUGCCUCAUCAGUCAAGACUUUGGCUACACCAUCUACUCCACAGCAGUUGCAUUUUAUAUCCCAAUGUCAGUGAUGCUUUUCAUGUACUAUCAGAUUUAUAAAGCUGCCAGGAGGAGUGCUGCUAAACACAAGUUUUCUGGUUUUCCACGUCUGGAAGAAAUAGAAGGGAUUUCUGUGAAUGGACUUGUAAAACUGCACAAGGAAUCUGAAGAAUGUACUAAUUUUUCACGACUCCUAAAGCAUGAGAAGAAAAACAUUUCCAUCUUUAAAAGAGAACAGAAAGCUGCCACCACCCUUGGGAUUAUUGUUGGGGCUUUCACAAUCUGCUGGCUGCCCUUUUUCCUCCUCUCAACUGCAAGGCCCUUCAUCUGUGGUACACUGUGCAGCUGCAUCCCCCUCUGGGUGGAGAGAACAUUUCUGUGGCUGGGCUAUGCAAACUCCCUCAUUAACCCUUUUAUCUAUGCCUUCUUCAACCGGGACCUGAGGACAACCUAUCGCAACCUGCUGCAGUGCAGAUACAGGAACAUCAACCGCAAACUCUCGGCCGCGGGCAUGCACGAGGCUCUGAAGCUUGCAGAAAAGCCAGAAUUUGUUCUGUAAGGUCACUCAUCCUCUACUGUGAUCAUUUGCUGUUUUAUCACAUUGGCUUUUUCCCCACAGGUUCGAAAGAAGUAUUGUAGAAAGAAUGAGUUGAGCACUGUUAAUGCAGUCAUCAGGAAACAAGGUAGAGCCCACCAGUCCUAAUCGGCCUGGAAAAGCAAGACCACCAUCUAGAGAAUUUGGGUCUAAGAGGAAUAUGAGAAAGGAUGGAAGUGAAAUGUAGCACAGGAUGUUUGAGCUGCUAGUGAGGAAAAAGCAAAGUUGGCCUAACCUGUUUGUUUGGCCCAAAAAAUGUUUAGUUGGUCUGAAUGUUGGAUGCACCUUGUGUCCCAGAGAUUCUUUGCUGUAAUAAAGACCUGAGAAUGGUGAAAAGUUAAUUUCCUUCCACUUCAGUAUUACAAAAAUAAAUCAUUAAAGAAGAAGCUGAAUCAAAGAACUUGUAUUCCUUAGAAAUAUUCUUUAUGAUAAAACCCCAUAUGUUCAUUAAACAUUAAUUUACUGGAUUGCCUGGAAAUGAACUAUGUUGUGAAAUUCAAUAUUGCCUUUGCACAGCAACUCUGGCACUGAAAGAAUAUGUCACACUUCCAAUGUGAUUAAAAGAGUUUGAGUAAAGUCACAUGGACCAGCACCUACUGCUGCAUACAGCCCUGCAGCACAGUUAGCUGCAGUGCUGCUGUGCAAGUCACACCAGGUAAUCUUGUACUAUAUUUCUAACAUAAAAAAUAUGUCUGAUUACAGUUUAUUUCAGGAUCUGUCUGGUCUUUGUCCAUCUCUUCAUUCUUUAAUUCUCUUGGCUUUCUCAGCUGAGCACUUCUCUAAUCUAGAUGGAGACUGUCUGUGCGCAAGUCAUUUCUGUGAUGUAUGGCUAGUCCUUGUUCCACUUCAGUAGUUAAUUUACUGUCUAUUUGAAAGCUCUUCUACUUUCUGGGACUUCUUUCUCUUCUGAAGUCAGUAAGGAAAAAACAAACAUGAGACCUUAUGACUUCAGAGACAUCUGGACUUUAUCCUUAAAAUCUGAUUUUAAACAUCACUUGUGCUUAAAGUGAUUUAAAGCCUUGCCAUGUGUAUGAAUAAAGAUAAUUUACUUUUUCUGGUUCUAGCUUUUUCUACCAUCAUUGCAGUUUGUCCAACUAUGUGAUCCUACUUCUCCUGAUUUUGGUAACAGAUCUCUUCUGGCAGUGUAGC